GAUUAUUUAUCCUAUGCAACUCUAUGGUAUAACCUAAAUCUUUUUGUAAAUGUAAAAUAAAAACAAUUUGUUGAAAAUUAUAAACACAACUAUGUAAAAAUGUCUCACGUAAUAAAGACCAGCUUUAAGCAGAUUACACCUGUAACAAGGUAUUUGUAUAGUUGUGUAAAAAAUUCACAUUUGCAAAAUGUUCGAUUUUCCAGCAAUAAAGUUACUACUAACAAUGAUAUUUAUAAGAAUUUUACUGACUGGGAGACUCUAAAUACAAAGAAGAAAAUUAGUAAGCCCAUGAAAGCAUACCUAGAGAGAGCUAAAGAACAUGAUGAAUUCAUGAAAAAACAGCAGUUUGAAUACAAUAUUGGUAAAAGACACCUAGCAAACAUGAUGGGUGAAGACCCUGAGACUUUUACACAAAAAGACGUUGAUCGAGCUAUCGAGUACUUGUUCCCCAGCGGAAUAUAUGAUCCAGCUGCUCGUCCUCUCAUGAAACCGCCAGAAGAAGUAUUUCCGGCACGAAAAGCCGCGGAAUUUGAUGAAGCUGGUAGACCACAUCACUUUCUGUUUUAUACUGGCAAACCUAAUUUCUUUAAACUACUCUAUGAUGCUGCGGAAAACAUUCAGCUCUUACAGCAGUUUGAAGAUAAAGUUAUAAGAAAGAAAGCAACUCCGGAUCCAAAUGGAACAUUGGAUUUAAACUCUACAUUUUGGUUAACAAAAGAUCAAUUGGAACAACUUUUAGUAGAAAAACUUACUGAUUUGGAAUAUGAUAAUUUCAAACUAGUAAUGGAGAGGCUUGUAGCGCUGCCUUAUUCAUACAGAUUUAAAGAUUUCAUUGAAAAAUACAGAAAAUCAUUAACCUCACAGAAAUUUUCUUUAGAAAUUCCUAAACCAAGCUAUGAUGAUCAAGGUCGAGCAUGUGUUACAACUUAUGAAUGUUUAAGAAAAAAAGCUAGAGGUGAUGUUACCAUACGUUCACCAGGAACUGGACUAAUAACUAUAAACGGCAAAGAUUUAACAUACUUUGAAGACAUUCAAUCAAGGGAACAGGUUAUAUUUCCUCUAAUAUUUACUGGAUUAGAGAACAAAGUGGAUAUUGAGUGUAAUGUUGAGGGUGGGGGACCUUCUGGACAAGCUGGGGCUAUCAGAUGGGGCAUUGCUUGGGGACUCCGCAGCUUUGUUGACAAAAAUAUGUUGGAGGCCAUGCAAGUGGCUGGUUUGCUAACCAGAGAUCAUCGAAGGCGGGAACGUAAGAAGCCAGGACAACCUGGUGCUAGAAAGAAGCCUACUUGGAAGAGAAGAUAAUCUUUCAAUUAUUUUAUUCUAGUAAUUAUAUUAACACCUGAAAGGGAUAUUUGUCUAUCAAUGUAUUUAGUUGAAGUUAAAAAAAAUAAACAAGCUAGUGUUGGUGUAGAUUUAUUUUAA